AUGUCAGAAGCAAAGCAAUCGCAAAGUAUACUAACUUCGAAGAUCAUGGCCGAAGCCUCGGACAACUACAAACAGAGACGUAGAACCCAAAUGAUCAAGUUCUACGCCGCGACUUUCACCACCUUGAUCUGCUCGAGGCUUGUGUUCAGAGGAGUUCAAUCGAGAAAAUACAUACCCACCUUAUUCCAAGCCAACCACAUCCAACCUUCAUAUUCUAAACGUCAAGAGGCCAUGGCAGCCAUUGGCUAUGCCUCGUUGUUGUCGACCAGUGCGUUCGGUAUGUUUAUCUUUGGGACCGCUUGGGUGAUGGACAUUUCGUCAGCUAAAGAUUUCGGCCAAAGAAUGAAGAAGUUCCUUGGGGGCCAAGAGAACCAGGAGAAGAUCAAAGGAAUGAAGACCGACGAAGAUACUUUGAAAGUUCAAGAAGGACUCAGCAGCUUACUCGAGGGAAACAAGGAAUGA